AUGUCGGAGUACUGGAAAUCAACGCCUAAGUAUUGGUGCAAACAUUGUAGCACUUAUGUGAAGGACACUCCUUUUGAGCGCAAGCAACAUGAAAGCACCGCCAAGCAUCAGAGCAACCUCAAACGCUUCCUCCGAGAUAUCCAGAACGGUCAUGAACGGUCUGAGCGAGAUAAACAACGGGCCAAGGCAGAGGUUGACCGUCUGAAAGGCACCUUUGGCUCAUCAUCCUCCGAUCCUGCCAACACCCUCGGUUCAGGCGCACAGCCUGCCCCUCAGCCCAGCAGAAUAUCAGCUCCAGUCUUUCAGUCAGCAGCGGAUCAGAAAAGACAAUGGGCACAGCUUGCCGAUUUAGGCAUCAAAGUCCCCGAACAGGUCCGCUCUGAGAUGGCCAUGGCUGGUGACUGGGCUGUUAUAUCCAAUCAGCCCGUCAUUGAGGAACAAAGAGAACAGCCCCUAAGCGUUGGCGUCAAGAAGCGGAAGCUGGAAGGCCAGGAAGAAGAGGAGGAGACAGGAGAAAGAGAAGGAAUAGUCGCGAGGCCUAGAUGGGGCGCCACAACCAGGCGAUUCCCUGGGUAUGACGAGGCAGAUCUGGACGGCUUGUUGUCUGGUUCAAUUUCGACGGCGAAGAGAGACAAACCCACAGCACCACCAUCUAGAUCACCAGAGGGUCACGUUGAGGCUGCUGAUCAAAUCAAGGUCACCCCUCUCGCUGCCGCGGGCGAUCGGGCUUCAACGCCUGUCAAGCUGGAGGGAGGGCAGCCCUGUAGAGUGGUCAAAAGCGAGGAUGAUGUCCUCAGGAAAGAAGAGCUGUGUCGUGCCCAAAGAGGGGCCGCUGUGGACAACAUUCCAGAAGAGUUACCAAUGCCAGUGUUCAAGCGGCGGAAGGCCAAGGUGUCGUGA